AUGGCUCAGGCGGGGAGAUUCCUGGCCUGGCUGCUGCUGGUGGCCCUGGGCCUGCUAGGUGGUGGAUGCCGAGCGGAGCGGGACUGCAGAGUGAGCAACUUCAGAGUCCAAGAGAACUUCGAGAAGGCUCGUUAUGCUGGCACCUGGUACGCCAUGGCCAAAAAAGACCCUGAGGGGCUGUUUCUGCAGGACAACGUGGUAGCCCAGUUCACCAUAGAUGAGAAUGGACAAAUGAGCGCCACCGCCAAGGGCAGAGUCCGGCUGUUUAAUGAGUGGGAUGUUUGUGCUGACAUGAUUGGCUCCUUCACUGACACUGAGGAUCCUGCCAAGUUCAAGAUGAAGUACUGGGGUGUAGCCUCUUUUCUCCAGAAGGGAAAUGAUGAUCACUGGGUGGUCGACACAGAUUAUGACACUUAUGCGCUUCAUUACUCCUGCCGCCAACUAAAUGACGAUGGCACCUGUGCUGAUAGUUACUCCUUUGUGUUCUCCCGGGACCCGAAGGGAUUGCCACCCGAGGCACAGAGAAUUGUCAGGCAAAGGCAGGUCGACCUCUGCUUGGACAGAAAAUACAGAGUUAUUGUCCAUAAUGGAUUCUGCGUUUAAGGAGUUUUGAAACUAUGGAAGCAAAUCAUGUAACAUCAAUAUGGAUGUAAA